AAAACAGAGCUCAACUGACACAGACGCGUCUGUGAUCCCUACAAAGUGCUCUCUCGGUAGGCAGCUCAGUAGGAUACAGCACGCAGCCCGCGGGUUUUCUCCGGGACUCUCCACACGCCCCGCAGCAGUCUCUCGUUAUUAGAUGCGGGGUAAAGAUGACCUGAGACCGGACUGCUCUCCAUCCAGGGCUCGAGGAAGACAGCUACAGGGAGAGAAGCAGAAGGCAUUGUGAAGAUGAACAUCCAGUCAGCCAUCAGCCGUGAGAUCUUUGUCCCAAGAGAUGAAAAGUUACUGGUAGCCAUUGAGGUGAUGAGGAGGAUGAAGAACAAAGGACUGUCCUUCCUCAGAGCAGGUCGCAAGCGGAACUACUUAACCUACCUCUGCCUGUCAGUUACUAACAGCAGACCAACUCAAGUCCUCAUCACUAAAGUUAAGAGAUAUCGGGGAACGAGGCAGUUUGCUAAGAGGUCUCAGUGGUCCAUGGAGCAGCUUCGCCAGGUCAAUGGCAUCAACCCCGAUAAGGACACUCCUGAGUUCGACUUAGUGUUCGAUCGCACCACUGAUCAAUGGGUGGCCAGCUCAGCUGCAGAGAAAUGCAUUUUUGUGCAGGUUCUCUAUCAUGCUUGUCAAAACUACUGGGAGGCCAAGCUCGCCCAAGCCAACCCAGCGUCCCCCGGAGACCAGAAGACACCAGGAGCUCCGGAGAACAAGAAGAGCCCUGGUGCUCCAAGCCAAACUAGCUUUGUCAACUGUCAGCAAAAGCUAAUGGGAGAUGCCUGUUCUGUUAAUAUGGUCAUCUAUCGAUGCAAGAUUUUUUUUAACAGAAUGAAAAACAGUUUGACUGCAAACCAGGGUCGGCCUCAGCGUGAAGCAGCAGCUGUUAAAGCGUCCAGGAGCAGGAGCAGGAGCAGCCCGUCUCCUCUGGCCGUGAGGAAGAUGGGGAACGUGAUGCGGAGGGCCAGUCAGGUUCUGAGUGAACGCGGGGAGCGUCUGACCAUAAAACCUGCCACUUGAUGCACGGGGCCACGCUCAGAAGCUGGCUCUGAAGCAGACUUAGAGGUGCUCCUGAUGGCCUGCAAAUAAACAUUAAAAAGUAGCUUUUAAUCAUCCUGUCGCUGGAUAUUUUGAAGUGUAACUUCUCAUCUAAUUCAGAUUCUGUUUUUGAGUAUGAGGCAUUUUGUUCAGCUUUCUCUUCACCUGCAGAUUGACCUCAUAUUUGUUUUUUGUUUAGUUUUUUCUUCAUGUUUGCAAGCCACUGAGCAUUUCAAGCAGUUGUAAUGUGGUGUGUGCUGCUGUUCUGUCUGACUUGCCCUCUCUACAGUAAGCACAGUGUAAUAUAGCCAGCGGGUGGCUGCUCCUCUUCUGUCUAAUCCUACUGAAAUUCUGCUUGUCUUGCGGUGGCAUAUUUUCAACCCUUUUUUUUCAUUUUUUGACAAACCUAGAACAAAUUGUCUCCUUUAAAGUAAUGCUCAUGUAUUCAAUAUCACAUGGAAAUGAAUUGAGUAUAGCUGCUGACUAAUGGGUAACACUUUAGAAUAGGUAAAACCUAUUAGUUGCUUAUUAGCAUGCAUAUUACUAGAUUAUUAGCCAUGUAUUAGUGCUAAUUAAGAACAUAUUAAUGCCUUAUUCUACUUGACCUUAUUCUAAAUACCUAAUCGUAAUACCUAAACCUAACAACUACCUUACUAACUAUUAGUAAGCAGCAAAUUAAGAAUUUAUUGAGAGAAAUGUUGUAGUUAACAGUUAACAAGUGUUACCUAUUCUAAAGUGUUACACUGCAUUUUUUUACAUGUACACUACAAGUACACUGAUUUUUUUAUUUAUUUAAUAUUUUAUAUAUUUAAUGGGGUUUCAGAUUAUGAUUGUCCACAUGAUGAUCUUUAAUUUAACAGUGGUAAGUAAAUUCAAUUGAGAUAACAGAGAUUAUAUACUCAAGAAGAGCUUGAUGUUCAUGAAGGCUGCUUUUAUCUGCUGUUUAGAUUAAGUUCUAUAAAGAUGCUACAAGCUGUUUCAUUUCAUUGUGAACGCAGUGUUUAUCCAUGUGAAUGUGGUCGGUGUGUGAAUAACACAUGUUUGUUGUUCUGUCAAGGCCAUCUUUGUCUUCUCUGUGUUGUAAUAACAGUGUGUGUGUGUGUGUGUGUGUGUUGUGAUCGUGACCAGCGGGAGCAGGAGCUGCAUGUCAGAAGAGGCCAGAGGGUGUUUUCCGCAUGGAGUCGGACACCCUGUUUGGUGUUGGUGUGUGAUGCUUUCUGGUUUCUGCUGUCGUCCUCAUGCUGUCAUUUUGUUGUCUCUUAUGUGUUAUAUUGUUUUUUAUAUCCAUUUUAUAUUUCAUAAUAUAUGUGUAGCAGAAAAUUCUAUCCGUCUUUGUCUUUGUCUGUGCUCUUUUACAUUUAAAACAUGUUGUUAAAUGUGUAAACACUCUUCAUUUGCGCAAUAAAUGAAACGGGAUCCACUU